AUGGCGCACAACGCCGCAGUCAUCGGCUCAACCGGCCUCGUGGGCUCCCACAUCCUCACAAACCUCAUCACCUCGGAAGCCUUCGCCGCCGUCAACACAAUCUCCCGUCGGCCCCCUAAAGCAGGCGGCCUGACCCUCAAGCCCGUCAUCGAACAAGACACCUCCGCCUGGCCCCCCAAGCUCGCCGCCCUCCAGCCCACCCCCACCGUCGUCUUCUCCGCCCUCGGCACCACCCGCGCCGCCGCCGGCAGCAUCGCCAACCAGUGGAAAAUCGACCACGACCUCAACGUCGAGCUCGUGAAGGCCGCUAAAGCCGCCGGCUCCAAGGCCUUCAUCUUCGUCUCCAGCGGCGGCACCCGCGGCGCGCUGAGCGCCCAGGCGCCCUACAGCAAGAUGAAGAACGGCGUCGAGGACGCUGUCAAGGAGGCCGGCUUCGACCACGGCAUCAUCCUCAAGCCGGGUCUGAUCCUCGGCGCGCGCGAGGAGAGCCGCGCCGGCGAGGGCGUGUUCCAGUCUGUUGUUCGCGGGCUGGGUAUGCUGAAUCGCGGCGUGCAGGAUACGUUUGGGCAGGAGGCCGAGGUGAUUGCCCGCGCUGCCGUGCACGCUGCCGUGCUUGUCGAGCAGGGUAAGGCGCCUGCCGGUCUGUGGGUCAUCGAGGCGCCCGAGAUUACGACCCGUCCCCUCAUCGUCGGCCAGGAGUCGGGCCCCGAGGCCCCCUACCCGUACAAGAUGGAAGGCAAGGUCAUCUCUGGCUUCGGCCGGGGGUCCAAGGAGCUCGGCAUCCCAACCGCAAACCUCCCCGUAGACGCCACCCUAACCCCCUGGAUCGACACCAUAAAAUCAGGAGUCUACUUCGGCUGGGCCUCCCUCUCCCUGCCCCCCUCGCACCCAGACCGCGUCGCCGCCCCUUCUUCGGGCUCCGGCUCCGGCCCCGCACAACCUCACAUCGACUUCCAGCUCUACCCCAUGGUCAUGUCCAUCGGCUACAACCCCUUUUACAAAAACACGGUCCGCUCCGCCGAAGUCCACGUCCUCCACAAGUUUUCCGCGGAUUUCUACGACGCCCACAUGCGUCUGCUAAUCCUGGGCUUCGUCCGCGACGAGCUGGAUUACAAGAGCCUCGAGGCGCUGAUUGCGGAUAUCAACACCGAUUGCGACGUGGCCAAGAACUCCCUCGCCAGGCCGGCGUGGCACCCGCCCAAGGCUUUGCGGCCCAAGGGCACGUGGUUGGUUGAGGAGUUGCCCAAGGCUUGA